CUCAGACUCUUCCCCUGUGGCUGGAACUCCGCCUUUGCCCCGCCCCCGCCGCACUUUACGGCUGGGCACUCUGCUUUUGCUGCAGUUGCUCCAGCCGUCGCUGCCGCCGCCGCCGCUACCGUGCUUGUGCUGUUGUGGCUGCUGCCAGUGAAGUGAAGUGAGGUCCGGACCUGUCUGCGCUACUGUCUGCGCUACUGCAGGGAGGCCGCCCGGGCCCGGGGAGCCGAACCAAUGCUGGAUCUGGAGGUGGUGCCUGAACGCUCUCUGGGGAACGAGCAAUGGGAAUUCACGCUGGGAAUGCCUCUAUCUCAGGCAGUAUCCAUUCUUCAGAAGCACUGUCGCAUCAUCAAAAAUGUCCAGGUUCUCUACAGUGAGCAGUGUCCUCUGAGCCAUGACCUCAUCCUUAACCUGACUCAGGACGGGAUCAAACUACUGUUUGAUGCUUUCAAUCAGAGACUUAAGGUAAUUGAAGUAUAUGACUUGACUAAAGUAAAGUUAAAAUAUUGUGGAGUACAUUUCAACUCUCAGGCCAUAGCUCCUACCAUUGAGCAGAUUGACCAGUCUUUUGGCGCAACCCAUCCGGGAGUGUACAACUCUGCUGAACAGCUCUUCCACCUCAACUUCAGAGGCCUGUCUUUCUCUUUUCAGUUAGAUUCAUGGACUGAGGCUCCCAAGUACGAGCCCAACUUUGCCCACGGUCUAGCUUCUCUCCAGAUACCCCAUGGAGCAACUGUAAAACGAAUGUAUAUCUACAGUGGAAAUAGCCUACAGGAUACCAAGGCUCCUGUGAUGCCCCUGAGCUGUUUCCUGGGCAACGUGUAUGCUGAGAGUGUAGAUGUUCUUCGAGAUGGAACUGGACCCUCAGGUUUACGACUUCGCCUACUUGCUGCAGGUUGUGGGCCUGGCCUAUUAGCAGAUGCCAAGAUGCGGGUAUUUGAACGCUCAGUAUAUUUUGGUGAUUCCUGCCAAGAUGUUCUUAGCAUGCUUGGCUCUCCACACAAGGUCUUCUACAAGUCAGAAGACAAGAUGAAAAUUCAUUCUCCUUCCCCUCAUAAGCAAGUUCCAUCCAAGUGCAAUGACUACUUUUUUAACUACUUCACUCUUGGGGUGGACAUCCUCUUCGAUGCAAAUACCCACAAAGUGAAGAAAUUUGUCCUACACACCAAUUACCCUGGGCAUUAUAAUUUUAACAUUUAUCACCGAUGUGAAUUCAAGAUCCCACUAGCCAUAAAGAAAGAAAAUGCAGAUGGUCAAACAGAAACAUGUACAACCUACAGCAAGUGGGACAAUAUCCAGGAGCUCCUGGGCCACCCUGUGGAGAAGCCCGUUGUCCUACACAGGUCCUCCUCCCCAAACAACACUAACCCAUUUGGUUCCACAUUCUGCUUUGGUCUUCAGCGGAUGAUCUUUGAGGUCAUGCAGAACAACCACAUUGCCUCGGUGACCCUGUAUGGGCCCCCCCGGCCUGGUGCCCACCUGAGAACAGGAGAGCUACCCUAGAGACAUCACCGCCCCUGCCCCUCUACCCAUGGAACUGUGCGUUGCAUCCUGCUCAGUGGGUCUCUAUACCACCUGUGGGUAUUCUUGGACACCUUGCCAGUGUUGAAGGGCUCUUGGAAUGUUAUGAGGUGGAACGCAGGCUGGGUGCUUUGCCAAGAGACAAAGGGCCCAGAUAUUCUCUGUCCAUCCUAAGCCUGCUGCUGCCAGCAGGAAACAGACUGCAAAGAGAAGCACAAAUUUUGAUCCUUAAUAUCUGGAUUCAGAAGCUCUCUACUAACAUGUAAGGAGGCAGGACAUGUCAGCCCCUAUCCCACACACAUUGGGAAAACUUGGGGCUCUUUCUGUGGCCGAGGACAUGGGUCCUGCUUUUGGCUCCACAUUGCCAUGUGACCCUUGUGGCAGGAAGGUAGCGUGUCCAUAGUACUUGGUAGCAACAUUUGCACUACAUCCACUUUUGUUACUUGAUGAGCUGGCUGUAGCCAAGGUGGCCUACCUGCCCUUCCUGGUUUCUUUCUGGCACCCAUUGCCCACCAGUCCUAGGAAGCACACCCAACUGGUUGAAACACAGCUUUCUACCCUCCAGGUAUGUGCUCAGGCCUGGUUCCCACAACUCUUGGAGCCAGCUUUCAAGGUUGCCUGUGCCCCUGCUCUGCCCAGCCUGGCUGGCAGGGCUGCAUGUUUCCAUCCUGUUUGCCUCUUUUAUUUAAUGCCAAAGUUUUAGCCAAAGACAUCUUCCUCUUUCAUUGUGUUUUAGGAUUCUGUUCUGCACUGUGGGCCAGCUCCCUGCCUCAAACCUGGGCAUUGUCCUCAAACCAGGCCAUUCAUGGCUCAAGGCUGGGGGGCUCCAGGGAGGUUGGGCUGCUUGGUCUCUUCAUGGGUCUGGCUAAUGGAAAGUAGCAUAUAUAUGCUUUAAAAAUAUUAAUCUUUUUGGAAAGAAUUAAGAGAAAUGUAUAAUUUUAAUCCCAUUUUUAAUAUUUUGGUCUAGCAACUUGUGAUACAUAGAUGACAAUUUUGUGAGUUUUUCAAAUGUGUGUACAGAUUUUUGUAAAUAUGACACUUUUGUAAUUAACUCAUGUACAGCCUCAUCCUGUAUAGUUUAUGAUGAAUGUGCAGGGGAUCUGCUCCAGGUGCCUGUAUGGUUCCUAGUCCUAUAGUCAGGCUUAUGUGGCACUCCCAUGACUUUGACUUUGUAACUGACUAAUGUCUUCCCAUUUGGACAGUGGUCUGGCCAGAGACCCUGCACAUUUUACUGUCAGGGGUAGCCAGGACUGUUCCCAUCCUCUUGGAAAGAGGGAACCAUCCUCAUCCCCUGCCCACAUCCCUUCUCCAAUAAAGCACCUGUGCCCUUAGCAGCAGCUUGCCAUGGGCUGUUGCUGAGAUAUUUGUACUGAAA